UAAGGAGGGGCCGGCGGAUCCCGGGGCAGAACCGGAGCGAAUUGAUCCCGAUCAGAUGUUGCGAAGAGGCCGAUAGUUUCUCCCCAAGGGGCAAAUCCUCUGUUUAACUAUGAAAAAGGAGACAAAGAGUUUCUGCCCACAAGAGCGACUCAUUACUAAAUAUACAGAGUACGUCGGGUCGUUUGCCGUAAGGGAAUCCGAUUGGCGGAGAAGAAUUUGGACCAUUGAGGAGCAGAUGUGUUUCCUGAAGGACUGUCCCAGGCGGAGACCCGUUAUCCUGAGAUUCUGCCUCCUGGGGGUGAAGAUGUACGAUGCAGAGGGAGAGGCGCUGCUAAUGGCCCACGCGCUGAGGAGGAUUCACUACACGACUUUCCGGCCUGACGACUCCCAGUUCGCGUUCGUGUCCCGUAACCCCCACUGCCCCCAACUCUUCUGCCACCUGUUUGUGGGGGGCCAGCCUAGUGAGGCCCAGGUGCUGAACCUGCUGUUGUGCCGCGCCUUCCAGCUCCAGUACUUGGCCCGGCACCCGGAGCAUCGGGGUCCCACCCUCUCGGCACCGAGGAAAAGCCCCGGGGUGGGGCGGGAGCCAUUGGACCCUGAAGUGGUGUCUCCCAGUGUCAAUGCCCUGAUAUCAUUCAGGCGGGUCCCUCUGUCUGUAGGGGAGGAGCCAGGGGCCCCCAUAUCCGCGGAUUUGCCCCCCAGUGUGAGCAGAAGCGCCUCCCUGGGCACUGCCAGUUGUUACCCCACCCUGGUACGGAAGAAAGCGAUUCGCAGCAAAGUCCUGCGCUCCGGAGCCUAUCGCAGCCCUGGGUCCCACAUGCAGCUGACUGCCGAGUUAGAGACCUGCAGAGAGCAAGAGGACCCACCGAAAUGGAUUUUACCAGAACUCUCUGAGAAGAUGGAGAGGCUGCAGGACGGUGUCUGGUUCUGUGAGGGAAUGAACUGGGAAGCAGCCAUGUAUCUCCUGCAGCGAGACAGACUGGGGGCGUAUUUCCUUCACACAGACCCCGUGUCUCUCGGCCGCUGGACACUGUUCACAAAGACGCAGUGCGGGGUCAUUCCUUACAGUGUGUGCCAGGGGCAGGAAGGCAGUUACCACCUGGAGCACCUCCAGGAGGAGUUUGGGAGCCUGGCAGCCCUGGUGGGGCAUCACUCGGGCUCCGACAGCAGCCUCUUGUACCCCCUCGCCCCCGGUCGUAUUAACCCUUGCUAUGAGCCCCAGGAGCCGAGCGCCGAGCAGUCGUCACAAGUCUCCCACGGUUACCCACAAGGACCCUGUGCACAGAACUGCCCCCCUACACCCCAGGAAACCCCCCAAACUGAAGUUGGGACAUAACAUAACAUAGAAGUGACUGUAAGCUCUGGGGGUCUUUAUUGUAGCUAUGAGCUGUGACUGGCAACUGGGGGCAGCACUCGGGGGCAGAUACUCCCCGCAGCUCAGUCAGUGGGGGUAUUAGCGGCACUCGGGGGCAGAUACUCCCUGCAGCUCAGUCAGUGGGGGUAUUAGCGGCACUCGGGGGCAGAUACUCCCUGCAGCUCAGUCAGUGGGGGUAUUAGCGGCACUCAGGGGCAGAUACUCCCCGCAGCUCAGUCAGUGGGGGUAUUAGCGGCACUCGGGGGCAGAUACUCCCUGCAGCUCAGUCAGUGGGGGUAUUAGCGGCACUCGGGGGCAGAUACUCCCUGCAGCUCAGUCAGUGGGGGUAUUAGCGGCACUCGGGGGCAGAUACUCCCUGCAGCUCAGUCAGUGGGGGUAUUAGCGGCACUCGGGGGCAGAUACUCCCUGCAGCUCAGUCAGUGGGGGUAUUAGCGGCACUCGGGGGCAGAUACUCCCCGCAGCUCAGUCAGUGGGGGUAUUAGCGGCACUCGGGGGCAGAUACUCCCCGCAGCUCAGUCAGUGGGGUAUUAGCGGCACUCGGGGGCAGAUACUCCCUGCAGCUCAGUCAGUGGGGGUAUUAGCGGCACUCGGGGGGCAGAUACUCCCUGCAGCUCAGUCAGCGGGGGUAUUAGCGGCACUCGGGGGCAGAUACCCCCACUGACUGAGCUGCAGGGAGUAUUAGCGGCACUCAGGGGCAGAUACUCCCUGCAGCUCAGUCAGUGGGGGUAUUAGCGGCACUCAGGGGGCAGAUACUCCCUGCAGCUCAGUCAGCGGGGGUAUUAGCGGCACUCGGGGGCAGAUACUCCCUGCAGCUCAGUCAGUGGGGGUAUUAGCGGCACUCAGGGGCAGAUACUCCCUGCAGCUCAGUCAGUGGGGGUAUUAGCGGCACUCGGGGCAGAUACUCCCUGCAGCUCAGUCAGUGGGGGUAUUAGCGGCACUCGGGGGCAGAUACUCCCUGCAGCUCAGUCAGUGGGGGUAUUAGCGGCACUCGGGGGGGCAGAUACUCCCUGCAGCUCAGUCAGUGGGGGUAUUAGCGGCACUCGGGGGCAGAUACUCCCCGCAGCUCAGUCAGCGGGGGUAUUAGCGGCACUCAGGGGCAGAUACUCCCUGCAGCUCAGUCAGUGGGGGUAUUAGCGGCACUCAGGGGCAGAUACUCCCUGUAAUUACUGUACAUAGUCCCUGAAUCCCCCCGAUAAACACAGGUUCCUGUGGGGAAGGGGCGGCUGGAGUUUGGGUUUCAGUCUGAGCCCCGGGGUAUCUGUGGGGCACAAACAGUGAGAUGUUACCCCAGGGCAGGGCAAUAGGUGCUGUACAGACCCAAGUGGAUAUAAAUCUCCUCCCACUGGCA